AUGGCGUCGAUCACUGGAGAGGGCCGAUGCGAAACUGCUGCUGUCAUGCAGCACGGCGCCGGCGCCGUGUUUGCUUACCUCACCCUCAGCAAUCUGAUGUCGUGCGGCGCGCUGGCCGUGUCGUGGGCGCUCUUCGUGCGCGCGACGGGCCAGAGCCCGCUGGCUCAGGGCGCGUGGCCCAAGUUCGCGCUCGCAUGCACACCGCUCUACCUAUCAGUUCAGGCCACCCGCCCGGCCCGCUUGGCCGCCGGCCUCGCUCUGGCGCCCGCUGGGGAGCGCCUCCUCUUCUGGCUGUCCGCGCGGCUGCGCGUCGGCCGGCCCGCCGCGCUCGCCGCCGCGAUGGUUGCGGAGGCGGCGCUGCUGCUGGCCGGGCUGGCGUUCGUGGCGCUCGCCGCGGGCGGCGCGCGGUGA